GUAGCGACGGAGCCUGCGCGCCCAUGGAAUGGUGCAGGGCAAGGAGGGAAACGGAAAGCCUCCGCUGAAGCUGAUGCAAGCUGCCUUCCAGCAAAGCGCAGCCAUGUGGAAAGCCAGGGGAGGAGCACAGAGUGUGGCACAGCACCCAAGAGAGUGACGGAUGUGCCGGAGGACAUCACGGACAUUCAGGGUUUGCUCUCUUGGAUCAAUGAGGUGGCAAGAGCUGUGGAGGUCCCCCAUGAGAAGCGCAGCAGCCCUAUCCCAGAACGCGUCAUUGCUGAGCUCCCAGACGAGUCCAGGGACAGCAGAGAGCUCAGCACGGAGGCACAGGCUGCCACCGGGACCCCCACUGACCCCUUCUGGGGGCUUCCACCAUCCCCUGGGUUCCUGCCUGAGCUGCAGUGUGGGUUGUCGCGGCUGCACCCCGUCAUGCCACCAGCAAGUGCCCGGCUCAGCCCACGGCCGACCACCCUGGCUGUCAGCACACCUCCCAAAGCAGCCCAAAGCACACAGCCCAUCAAGGAGGUGCAGCACAGGCAGCCCCAGGAGGUUCCGGCAGAAAAGAAGAACAGGGGCAGCACCAAGCCGCCGUGCAAAGAAAGAAGAGAAAGACAAGGCCGCAAACACCUGGGCCAAGGGAAGCUGUGUGGGGCCAGCGCAGGAUCCAGCGGCAGCGGGCAAGCGGGCACUGCCAGCGAGCUGCGCGUGCACUUGUGCGAAUCCAUCUGGGCCGUGCACCCACUGGGGCAGAGGGUGACUGUGGUGGGGCCGGUGCGCCAGCCACCCUCUGUGCAGCCCCAGCCUACGGCCGGCGCUGGCCCCGCCGCCCCCCGGCCCCAAGCUGGCGGCACGGACCGGGCAGCGCCGGCACCUGCAGGCGGCACGGCACGAGAAGAGGGCACCGCCAAGAAGACGGCGCCGAGCUGCCCGCCCCCAUCCUUGCGCAGGAGCUCACCGCCGCCGAGGGACCCACCGUCACAGUGGCACAAAUCGCAGCCUCGGUCGCAGCGCCCCAUGGAAUUUGUGCCCUGCGUGGGGCCCCGGCUGCGUGGCGGCGCGGCACCCACAGCGCUGGAGGAGUUGCUGCCCAUCACAGCCGAGCAGCGGCCCGAGCGGGAGCGCGUGAAGAAGCUGGCCCAGGAGGAGCGGCAGCGGGUGGCCCGGCAGAUGAAGAUCGGCCCC